AUGACAGACACCAACAAGAUGACCAUCAACUUGGCUCUCUUUGGGAGGACUCAGAGUGGAAAAAGUUCUUCCGGAAACAUUCUUCUGGGAAGCACUGACUUUCACAGCAGGUUUGCUCCAUGUUCUGUAACCAAAGAUUGCAGUCUAGGCCGCAGUUAUCACCUCCACAACUUCAUGCGACGAGGGGGACAAGAAAUAAUCCUGCAAGUCCAGGUGUUGGAUACUCCAGGUUACCCACAUAGUAAACUGAGCAUGCAGCAUGUGAAACAGGAGGUCAAGAAAGCCCUGGAAUAUCACUUUGGGCAAGAGGGUCUCCACCUUGCGCUGCUAGUCCAAAGAGCAGAUGUGCCCUUCUGUGGACAGGAAGCAUCUUACCCCAUCCAGUUGAUUCAGGAACUUCUGGGAGAUGCUUGGAAGAAUUACACUGCUGUUCUUUUCACUCAUGCAGAAAAAGUGGAAGAGGCUGGGUUCAAUGAAAAUGAAUAUUUACAGGAGGCCUCUGAUGCACUGCCUACCCUACUAAAUUCUAUUCAGCACAGAUAUAUUUUUCAGUAUAAAAAAGAAAUCUCAUUUAGUGAACAAAGAAUGAAAAUCUUAGAAAGAAUCGUGGAAUUUAUAAAAGAAAAUCAUUAUCAAGUGCUUACCUUUAAAUAA